ACAAUAUUCAGAAAUUCUCAAUUUUGUUAUUUUAUAUUUCGAGUGUAAUUUAAAUUAAUUAAUACCAUAAUUGCCGCAGUGAAACUUGGUUAUGACGAAGAAAAUACUUGACAUACAUAUGCGAAGAUUGUAAACACUGCUACCGAUAUUUUUGGCGUACUAUUUUUAUCCGCUCUAGAUUUCAGAAUUAGUGCAUUAAGAAGAAUGUCUUCCUGCAAGUGUGGACCACAGAGGUUGUGAUGAUGGCGGGCGUGGGCUUGGGAGUGGGCGCGGGCAUGGCCACGGGUAUGGCCACGGGGAUGUCCACGGGUAUGGCCACGGGCAUGGCCACAGGGAUGGCCCCAGGCAUGGCCUCAGGCAUGACCCCAAGCGUGGUGAUGGCGGACCCCAUGCGAGACCGGCUGCCGUCGCUGUGGCGGCGGAUAGAAGACGCCCACUACAGCUACCUUGAGAUAGAAGAGAGCCCGGAGAAGCUGCGACAGAAAAAGAAGUUGGAAGCUCUCAUCAUGGAGUACCUGAGUCUAGUGCCGCACGAGUGCAAAUUCGGUUUAGCGGAGACUGGCAAGGUAUUCCAUCGGACGGUGACCGAAACCACGGAGUUCAGUGCCUACCGAGCUGGUAUAGGUUGGGCGGCCAUAGCUAGAUACGCUGCGAACCUACUGGCGCAGCCCUGGAGGAAGGAGUAUAAGGUUAUACGGAUGUACUCGGGGUUCUACAAGCACGAGGUGGAGGCGCACCUGGUAGGGUGCGAGCUGGUGCUGCAGGCGCUGGGCUACCGGCGCGCCGCCGGCCGCCUGCUCAUGGACGGCCCCGCCUGCCCCGACAUGGCCGCUGCCGUCUCCCGCGACGCGCUCAUAGCGCACGCCGAGUGCCAGAUAAUGGUACAAAUCUGGGAGGGCGUGUGGGGAGGCGGGGCGCGCGUGACGUGGGCGGACAUCGUCCGCGAGCGAGCGAACUACGUGGCUACGCCCGCGCAGGCGAUAGCAAGAUUGUCCGGAUAUAGCAAUGGUGAAAUAUACUCGAACGUGCCGACAAAAGAUCCGCGGGUCGACGAGUUAUGCAAGUGGGUGGACGAGCCCGUGCAGCCGGUCAACCCCUACAUCAUGUACCCGCCCCCCAUGUGCCAGGAGAUGCCUCAGUACCCCGUACCCAUGAUGAACCCCUACCAACCAGUACCAUACUACUACCCCAUGAACCAGCCCUACAUGAUCCCUACGCCAGUCUACGCGCCAAUAAAACAAGCCACCACAGUGCCAAUCAACGGCUACCCUUACAGAUAUCCGACGGUCCCGACGGUUCCAACGGCCCAGCUGAUUGAGUUCGAAGCGCCAUCUGUGUAUGAAAACGGAAAGUUUGAGAGGAGCCAAGACGAGAGGCGGAGGAGACACGGAGAAAGUUCCAAACGCAAUAGCACACUGAAAUCCACCAUCAGCGAUGUGUCUCUGCCGAGUCUACCGAGAUCAGACACCCAGCCGUCGUUGAGCAAAGCGAAAGAGGAUGGGAUGGGAACAUACGAGAGUUGGGACUACGUCUUCAGGAAUUUAUCCAGUAAAGACCAAGAGGGGGACAGCAGGAGCGGAUUCUCUCAGUCAUUAGACAGAGAUUCGAGAACGCUGGACAGAUUGGACAGGGAGGAGCGUAGAACGAAAUACCAACCGACGACCCUGGAUUUAGAAGAUGGACUGCAGGCGCUGAAUCUCGAUAGAUCGUACGACGAAGCUGUAUACAGAACGGCCAAGGUCAACGAGAGUCUGAUGAGACUAAAACAGGAACAGGAGCUUAAGAAGAGGCAGUCGGUGAAGAAAUUAGAAGAGAAGAGAGUGAGAAAGUCGGAAACGAUCGGUCACCCAACGGCAGAUGGGUUGGUUCCGCAGAAAGUUGCUCAAGAUAAAGUUAAGUUGCUAACGAAGAAGGAGGUCAAAGACAGGAAAGAUGUGAUCAAACAGCAAAGUUCUGUGAACGGUUCGGUGUCCAACGCGAAAGAAUUGAGGAAGUUGAAGCCGCAAAGCUCGAGGCCCUUAGAGGAGAAACCAAGAAAGACGCACGAGAAUGGUGUUUCGAAGCCGGUGCACGUCAAAACUACUGGAUCGCCCAGUAGAUCAUCGAGUCAAGCGAACUACGAUUUGAAGGCCCAACUGGUAGUUAGCUUAGACGAGCCGGACUGCCUUCGUCGCUCGCCGCCGAAAUUCCACAACGGCGAAAGAGAGAAAGCAUCGAGCCACAACGAGAGAGUGAAAGAGACGGACAACAGGUGGGAGUGUACUACGUGCACGUAUCUUAACAAGGGGGGUUUGGUGUGCGAAAUGUGCGGAAAGUCUAGGAAGGGUCCGGAGAUCGAACCCCUAACGUCUGGGGGCCGGGAGUGUCCUGCGUGCACGCUCGUGAACAAGCGAGACGCAAGAUCGUGCGAUGCGUGCGGCACUAGUCUAGAACAUUGCCCCACCUAUAUAUAAGACUAAUAAAGGAUGCUGCCUGACCAAGAUAUGAAGACGCUUCAUUUUUGUUAUGUGAUGGCUUGAAUUCGGGGUCCUAAUUCUUGUACCAUCGUAGGGUUACGUUUCGACGUGUAAGCAAUUGACGUUUGACAGCAGAAAUUGCGGUAUCUGCUGUCAAAUGAUUGUUACUUGAUUGUCAUAACUCAUAAGAUACGUAACGUUUGUUUCGAUCUAGAAGGCACAAUGUCUAGCGUAAAGUUGCUUGGAUUUUGAAUAAUAAGGCAAUACUCUUGGUCAGGCCUUAGACACGGAAACGCACCAAUUCGGCAAUAAAUUGUUAAAAUUCCAAAUGUAUAUUUUGAAAGUUCGAGAUUUUAUGACGUAAAAGUGACAUUAAUUGUACAAUAGCUUUCUGUCGAGUGUCGGAUCGUCUUUUACGCAAAAUACAUGGCAUUUGGACAGUUAAGCAUUUGUUACUUAUUUAACGGCUGAUUCACAAUUUCUGUUCGACUGGGAUUUAAAAAAAACUGCGUUUUCAUUGGUCAACGCUAGGCGUGGCGCAUUUUAAUUGGCUGUCGCGCAUAAAGAUGCCGGUUUCAUAUUACUAACGCAUAGUGAAUCAGUCUCGUAUGAUUUUUUUAAAAUUUGGCACUGAAAAAUUGU